AAAAAAAAUGUCUAAUAACAGAUAUUAGGAUCCAUUUGCAUAAGAUUCCUUCUGUGAAGAUCUAUAAUACUUUCACUUUGAUCCUCUUCCCGAUUAUUCUUCUCCAAUCCUUGAAAGGGGAGAAAUUAAUUUUUUUGAAAAUGAAGAUGAAGGCCCAGACACUGAGAAAAUAACGAGUACCUGUGAUAAAAAAUAAUUGAUGACAACAUCCAAGAAAAUAGGAAAAGUCCAACAGAUUAAAAAAGUAAAGGAACAACCUAGUAGAUCAUAGUCAGAAAAAAAAAAGGGUGUUUAUAUGCUUCCUGGAGAGAGCAAAAACAUCCCAAAAAACUUCACUAGAGCAUUAAAACAUUUUAUAGUCUCUCAAUUUGAUUCUAGUGUAUAACAAAACUCAGAAAUUAAGAAGUUCUUAGGUACUAAACCAGAGAAGGCUUGCAAACAAACCUUAGAAAACUCAUUGAAAAAUUGUUAACAACUUAAAUAAAUAUCUAAGAUGUUCUUUGGAAACAUAUAAUGGGGAAAUAUCUUUUUGGAUGAAAACAAGGUUGAACUAGAACCAUAUUUCAGAUUCAACUAGAUAUGGUUUGGGUCAAGAAAUUGAUUUUUUUAUUCUAUUCCUAUUAUUUAUACAAAUUCUUCAAA